CUUCUGUCUUCGGCUCUCGUGCUUUUCGGUGAUUCGCUUGGAUCAGCGAUGCUAACAAAUGUUUGGCAUCUGGAAACACUCGGAAUCAAUAUCAGUAUUGCACAUUUUUCUCGUUUUCUCAAACGUUUUUUUCACAAAUCUCCCAUCAGUUGUUAUUAUCUAUUCAGCCUUUAUCAAUUAUCAAUUAUCGAAUUUCAGAUAGAAAUAUUUUUGUUUUCUAUUGUGAUGAUGCAAUUAUUUUGGCUUGAGCACGAAAAGAACAUGACAAAUAGGUGGAAAAUGUUUGAAUUAACAAGAAGCAGAUUGAACCUCUUCAACACAAAACUGGCUUGGAUAUGUUGGUUUUUUUGGUGAUUCCGACCCUAGAAACUUAAAGCUGUUUUUGUCUUCGCUGAAUUCGAACUCUUUGAGCAAUGCUCAGCAUUAUCAACCAGUUUUAAAAACACGUUUUAG